CUGGAACACCGUAAGAGUCCGAGGUAUGACGAGUUCAGCAGUUGUUUCAUUUGUGUGUUGCAUGGCCGUUCUUCUACCUUGGUAAGCACCGAAGUAAAUUCACGAACAUCGAGGUACUGCUAGAAACCAGGGUUUUUUUCGGGAGCCGUGGAUUCAAGAAUCUAGGGUUUUCUUUAAACCCAGAGCUGAAAGGAUGGCUAAUGAUUCUCGCUCUAGGCAGAGAAAUAAAGAUUUUGAGGGUGACAGUUCAGGUAAAAGUAUGGAUAGCGGGGAAGGAACUUUGAACUCUGGCACGUUAAAGGUUGAUGCUUCACGUUUAAGGCAGACAACUCAGGGUGCAUCAUCCUCAGGACAAAUGACAUCGAGCCCAUCAAGUACUAGGAAGUCUGAACGACUUGAAAAGCGGAUGCCAUCAACACCUCUUCCGGUUAUCAGGAAAUCUGAGAGACUGGAGAAACAGAGCGCCCCAAGUCCUUUAAGAAGGUCUGACAGGAGUAGAGCACUUGGUUCAUCAACUUCAUAUGGAUCAAAGAGCUUGGAGAAAGUGUCCAGUUCAGCGGACAGAAUGAGCAGGCGGGAAAAGAAACAGAAGAGCGUAAAGCAGUUGACGAUGGGAACUGAAAACGUCAACCAUGGUGAAAAAUGGAACCAAGAAUCUUUUGGUGUAAAGAGGAAGAGAAUGGAUGCUCGCAGUUACAAGGAUUUGUUCAAACGAAAACAAAUAUGUUCAGCAUCAGGUAGGGAGGACGAGUUGGAAAGACAUGACCUGUUGCCUCAAGUUGAUAGUGGUGGUAACAUGAGUUGUUUAAAACAAUUAGAGGACAAGAAUGAAGGACAUGAAUGCGGUAUGAGGGUCACAGAAGACUCGAGAGAAAAACCUUUGGAGAGAGCUGUCUCAGGAGCUGCAUUUGGUUUGAAAGAUUGUGAUGCCAAGAUCUCUGAGCCCAAUAUUAAUUCUACUACUGGAAAUUCUCAGAUUCCUGAGAUGGUGACGUUGACUUGUAUGGCGAGUCCACUUGGUUGUAAUACUAAGUUGGAAAGUGGUGCCCGAUGCAUGCAAUCAGAAGAAAAGGGGUCUACAAUUAAUGUAGCGCCUGAUGUCACAGGAAUCCUUGUUAGUAAAUCUGUCUCUGCUCUGGUUGCCGAGUCUGAUCCUGCAGCAUCCGGGGAGAAUGAUAUAUAUGGCUUUGUUGGGAACUGUGCUGUCUGCUGUAAGAGGCGAAGGUCAGAUUAUGAUUCACCAAAAGAGGAACUCUGUUCUUGCGGAGCUACUCUGAGCUGUACCUCAGGUGACAUCUCAAGAAAUAAGGAUAGUGGAAAUCUUGAAGCUGCCUUUAAUUCAGAAUCAGUUGGGAGACACAAUUGCAUUCCAAGAUCAAAGGAGACUCUUUCAGUCACCAAGACUGAUGUUCAAAAUGUGUGCGUGAUGUGCAAGAAGGGCGGAAAGCUCCUGUUCUGCGCUGGAGAAAGUUGUAGAAGAUGCUACCAUGUAUCUUGUCUGGAUCCUUCUUUAGUUGAUGAAACACCUGGAGUCUGGCACUGUGCAUUCUGUGUUAAGAAGAAGAUAGAAUUUGGUGUCCAUACAGUGUCAAAAGGAGUAGAGUCCAUUUGGGAUGUUAGAGAAGUUGUAGUUUCAGAUAUGAAAGGAAUACGUAGGCAGAAGCAGUAUCUUGUUAAGUAUCAAGGUCUUGCUCACUUUUACAAUCAUUGGGUAUCAGAAACAUUGAUGCUUCAUGAAUCUCCUUCUCUGGUUGAAAAGUUUAAUAGAGAGCAUCAGAUUGUUACAUGGAACCCAGAGUGGAGGUUGCCACAUCGUUUGCUUAGAAAGAGACGUUUAAUGUCCUUUAGUCAUCAGGAUGAGUAUCCAAGUUCAAAUAAUGAUGCUGUUCCCUAUUGCCAAUUUGAAUGGCUUGUCAAAUGGCGUGGGCUUGAUUAUGAGCAUGCUACAUGGGAAGUUGAUAGCAUGAAGUUCCUACAUUCACCUCAAGGGCAGAGACUUGUGAGAGAGUAUGAAAUUCGUCAUCAGAAGACAAGAAAAGUGUCUGACAAGAGUGCAAAGGGAGCUUUUACUGAACUGCAGAAACUUCCAGCAGGAGGAUCAUUUAGAGCUGAUGACAAUAUGUUAAACAAUGUGAACAAGCUGCGGGAGUUUUGGUAUAAGAACCAGAGUGUUGUUGUCUUUGAUGAACAGGAUCAAUUGGAGACUGUGAUCUUAUUCAUCAAAGCAUUGUCUGAACAUCAUCAGCCUUUUCUCAUUGUUACAACUUCCGCUGCUUUGUCCCAGUGGGAAGUUGAAUUUAUGCGAAUAGCACUGUCAGUUGAUGUCGUAGUUUACAGUGGAAAUAGGGAUACCAGGAGCAUCAUCAGGACACUGGAGUUCUAUGAUGAAAGUGGUGGUAUAUUGCUUCAAGUAUUGUUAUCUACUAUGGAAAUUGUUAGUGAGGAUUUACAAACUUUUAAAGAGAUUAAAUGGGAAGCAGUUAUAGUUGAUGAGUGCCAAUCAAGGAGUAUGAACACAAAUGUGGCACUUAUUAAGGUGCUUCAAACGAAUGUGAGGCUGCUUCUUUUUAGCAGUCAACUAAAGGAUGUUGUAGCUGAGUACCAGUAUGUGUUGUCAUUGCUUGAUUCUUCUGGAGAUCUGAAGUUGAACCUGAGUGAUAAUCUUGUUAAACUGAAGGAGAGCUUAUCACAUUUUACAGCAUAUGGAAGCAAAUUUGAGUCUUCUAAGUUUGUGGAGUACUGGGUCCCUGUUCCGAUAUCAAACUUGCAGCUGGAGCAGUACUGUUCCAUGCUACUUAAAAACACUAUUGCUCUUUGCUCUCCUUCAAAGAGGGAUGGUGUUGGGGCCCUCUUAGAUAUUCUGAAGACACUUCGGAAGUGUUGUAGUCAUCCCUAUACUGUGGACUUGUAUACUAAAACCUCAGUCAUUAAGGGACUCCAACCACCUGAGAUGUUGGAUGUUGGAAUAACGGCUAGUGGCAAACUACAUCUUCUCGAUCUGAUUCUUUCUAAGAUUAGAAGACGCAAGCUUAGAGUUCUCAUCCUUUUCCAGUCAAAUGGCAGUUCUGAGGGAACACCUAUUGGAAGCAUAUUGGAAGAUUUUCUGGCUCAAAGGUUUGGACAAAAUUCUUACGAGGGUUUUGGAGCAACUUUUGACAUAAUGACAAAAAGACAGGCUACUAUGGACAGGUUCAACAGUAAGGAAGGCGGAGAGUUCGUGUUUUUGUUAGACAUUCGGGCUUGUAUGCCAAGCAUCAAGUUGUCAGUGGACAUUGUUGUCUUGUUUGAUACUGACUGGAAUCCUGCAAAUGACAUGAAGGCUCUACAACGAAUUUCCAUCAUUUCACAGAGUGACCAGAUCAAAGUUUUUAGGCUCUAUUCAUCGUAUACUUUAGAAGAAAAAGUAUUGAUACUUGCAAAACACAACAAGAAUGUUGAAAGUAACUUGCGAAGCUCAAGUCGUGCUACUGAUGACACUCUUCUCAUGUGGGGUGCCUCAUACUUGUUUAGGAGGUUGGACAAUUAUCAUGCAGAAAAGAGCACUGCAUCUGCUGCCGAUGUUUCAUCUGGACAACAGCGGCUAUUGGAUGAUAUUGUUAAGGAUUUCAUGGCCAAACUUCUCGAUGUUUCUAAGAACAACAAUGAACAUGAUUCUAUAAUUUCAAAAGUUUUUCAUAGUGAGGGUGUUUACCAUUCAGAUUGUUUGUUGCUUGGGGAGAGAGAGGUUAAGUCAACUGAUGGAGAAGAACGCCAGAUAUAUUGGAAGAAGCUGUUGGAGGGACGGAAUCCUCGGUGGAAAUUGUUGCCUGGAUCAACUUUGAGAAGCAGGAAGAGAGUUCAUUAUGCUGAGAAUGAUGAACCUGCAAAGAAGCACCAGAAGGUGUUAGAUGGUUCUGAUUCUCCAUCUUUUCAACCUGAGGUUGAAGAGAGAAUUCAAGCUCCAGGAUCAAAGGCAGCUGCCAAUCAAUCUGAGUCUUUGCCAAUAUCAGUUUCUUGUACAUUGGGCAAUGCAAACAAAGCUAUUCCUCUUUCUGGUGAGAAUCCUUUCUCACAUGAGAGUGACAUGGCUCAUCUUGAAGAAAGAACACCAAAUGAACAGAAGAGCCUUCAUAUUCUUCUGAGAGCAGAGAUGGCUAAACUUUGUGAUGUUCUAAAGCUUUCGAAUGGUGUGAAUUCUAUGGUACAAAACUUUCUGGAAUAUGUCAUGGAGAAUCGUCAUGUUAACAAGGAACGAGCCUCUAUCCUACAGGCUUUUCAGAUGUCUCUGUGUUGGAUUGCAGCUUCAAUCAUGAAAGAAAAAAUUGAACGAAGGGAUUCUCUUAAUCUAGCGAAACAGAUAUUGAAUUUUCAAUGCACCAAAGAAGAGACAGACAUAGUUUAUGAUAAAUUACGGCCAUUGAAGAGCACAUUUUUGCAGCUUUUAAGAAACAAGAAUGGUUUAAUGCCUUCAAAGAGUGUUGUAUCAGCUUCAGAAGAUGUUACAGAACAGUCACUAAAGGCAGGGGAGCCACCAUCAGAGUUUUUUAAGCUGCAAAAUGUGAAAGUUGAAGUUGAAGAGAGCUCAUUUAAUCUGGAACCUUCCCAGUGGGGAACAAUAGAUCAGUUAACAGUACAUGAUGUGGUUAGAAAGAAGUUCAAAAAGUUUCAGAAGAAACGUAAAGACAUGUUAAAGCUUCAUCAAAAGCAAGAGGAGGAAAUUCAAAAGUUCCACAAAAUGCGAGAGCAGACGAGGGUACAAUUAGAGAAUGAACACCGGCUGGAGUCAGCUUUCAUACGCACAACAUACAAUCAAACUGCAAUGGAGAUGGAUAAGCUUAAGAUAGCAGACAGUGAAUUUGAGAAGAAAAUUCAAGAGCAUGAAUGUAUCAUGGAGAUGCAACUUAAACAGCUUGAGGCAAGGCAUGCAGCUGCAAUUGAAGAAGAGAGUAAAAGAGCUGCUGAUUGGUUAGCCCAGAUGAAGUCUGGCUUGAGCGAACAGAGAAAUGUCAAUGAGCAGCAUAUGCAUGGAUCUGAAUAUUGUGAAAUGGGGUCUUCUGAGGGUUCUGGACGUAUUACUUCGAUGUGUCCUGAGAAUGAGGUCCAUCAUUCUAGACCUGAUUUGGGAGAACAAAGUCCAGAUAGAAUAGUGCAUGUAAGUCGAGGUAGUAUUGUGAUAGUGUCUCACAUACCAGUGACUGCAGCAGAUGAUGCUACUGGCUAUAGUACACAAUCUAAAACAGUACCCAUUGCAGUGAAUUCAGUCUCAGAUGAGGCAUUAGAGAUUGUGGCAGCUGAAGCAUCAUCUGUUACCAGAGUUGACCAGUCCAAAGAAUCAAGUCGCACCUCUAACUUUACUCCUGAGGUUAACGCAAAGCAUGCAGGUUCUUGUAGUGUUCCUGAUGAAACAUCACCUGUUUUGCUGCAUCCAACUUCUGAAAAGGCAUCAGAGACUAUACCAGUUGGCACAUCAUCUUUUAUCAGAUUUGAUCAGCCCAAAACAGCAGAAUAUUUAUCUCAGACAUCCCAGGAGAUUACUCCUAAUUGUUCCUCUAAUGGAGCUGAGGAGAUCGUUUGCAUUAAUCUAGCUACUUAUAAUGGGCAAAAUACUCGUGAAAUUUCAUCAAGUGGUCAAGAUUAUGAGAUACCUUCAGGGCUGCCUAGGACAGCUGGAUCUGAAAUUGGGAAUGCCUGCACUUCAGAAAUGGGUGCUCUUCUCGAGUUUAAUACAGAAAAUGGUACAGGAAAUUCAAUAGGUUCUGAUGUCAGGGGGAACCAGGAAGGUCGGACUCAUAACUCCAUUUGCGGAACUGCUCUCUCUGGACAAAUGCAAUCAGUAGAUCUAAUUAUGGUGCAAACAUUUCCUCCUCCAGAAUCGCCUACACAAUGUAUUGAAGACUUGCCAAUUGCAGGAGAUCUGAACACAGCAGUGGGAUUGGUAAGCUCUACACCGCUUGAAGCUGGAUUAAACAUUCAGUUAGAUUGUGAUGCACAAUUAGCUGCAACUAGUGAGCCGUUGCAGCUGGCUUCCAGUUCUUCAUCUCCUGAACAAAGUCAACCUGCUGCUGAAGCCGUUCACCAAGUUCCAAUUGAAGGGAGUAAUCCUCUACAGAACUCUGAUGCUUCUCCCCAAUUCUUUGAGCGGUCGGCGAAUCUCUCUCAUGAAGCUGUUUUGCUGGCUGGGGAAAACUUGGUGCAGCUGGUUUCUGAAUGUUCACCUUCCAUCUGCAGUCAAUCUACUGCUGCUAAUGCUGUUGGCCAAGCUCAUACUGAGACUUCUGAGGCUUGUAUUGGAGAGAACUUGGUGCACCCAGCUUCUGAUUUUUCUUCACGUGUCUGCAGUCAACCUGCUACUGCAGAAGCUGUUCAGCAAAGUCAUGUUGAAGGGAGCAACUCUAGACAGACCUCUGACACUUCAACCCAAUUAGUUGAGGAAUCACUGGAGCUUUCUCACCAAGCUCUUUCUCAGGAUGGAGAAAACUUGGUGCAGCUGGCUUCCCACCAUUCAUCUCCUGUUCGUAGUCAACCAGCUUUUGCUGAAGCUGCUUACCAAAAUAAUGUCGAUGGGAGCAACUCUGUGCAGACCUCUGAGGCUUUGACAGUGGAUCGCUUGGUGCAGCUGGCUUCUAAUCUUUCAUCUCCUGUCUGCAGGCUGCCUCCUAUAGCUGAAGCUGUUCAUGAAGGUCAAAUCGAAGGGAGAAACUCACUGCAGGGCUCUAUCCAAUUGGUUGACACAUCUGCUGAGCUCUCACUUGAUAAUGUUCCCCAGAACUGUGAAAACUUGAUCCAUCCCGCUUCCAAUAGUUUUACUCCUCUGUAUAGUCAACCUACCAUGGCUGCAUCUGUUGAUCAAGGCCAUAUUGAGAGGGCCAACUCGCUGCGGAUCUCUGAGGCUUCCAAUCUUUCAUCUCCUGUCUGCAGGCAGCCUACUAUAACUGAAGCUGUUCACCAAGGUCAAAUUGCAGGGAGCAAUGCACUGCAGACCUCUGAGGCCUCUAUCCAAUUGGUUGACAGGUGUGCAGAGCAUUCACGUGAUGAUGUUCCCCAGAGCAGCGAGAACUUUGUCCAUUUUGUUUCCAAUUGUUCAUCUCCUCCUGUGUGUAGUCUUCCUUCUGCAGCUGAAUCUGUUGAUCAAGGCCAUAUUGAGACGGGCAACUCGUUACAGACCUCUGAGGCUUCUUCCCCUGUGGUUGAAGGGUCAGUGCUGCUUUCUCAGCUAGCUGUUUCUCUGAAUGGGGAAAACUUGGUGCCACCUCCUUCAACUGAAGGCAGAUCAGGCUUAAAUUUACAGACAAUCAAUGGAACUAAUCAUGACUGCAGUGCGGAGCUGUCUGUGGUGUCCCACAAUAGCGUGGUUCCAACUCAAGUGGUUGACAAUGCAGCUGAACUCAUUAACCAAGCUCUACAACAAUCCAGGCCUAACGUGGCCGUAGCUGAAGGAUCAGCUCACCUUUCAGUACGUCAACCGCACCAUGUAGCUUCUUCGAAUCUACCUCUACCUCUUCAGGUUGACCCACUUCAAAAUGAAUUGGAGAGGAUACGUAAAGAAGUGGAACAAACUACUACACUUCAUGAUAGCACGAAGCUGCGGUUUCAAUCUGAAUGUGAAAAGGAAAUAGAGGAAAUGAUUGCUCAAAUUCGUAGCAAAUAUGAAGCAAAACAUAGAGAUGCUGAGACAGCAUUUCUGUUGAAAAAGACUGAACUGGAUACAAACCAGAAGAAGGUUCUUAUGAACAAGAUAUUAGCUGAAGCUUUUCGCUCUAAAUGCUUGGAUCUUAAGCCUUCUGCGGUUUUAUCGAUGCCGCAAGGUGCUCCUGUCAGUUUCAUUCAGCGGGUGAAUCAGUUAUCCUUGCAGCCUACAGGGAGACAUCCCUUUGUUGCUACCUUGUCUCCUGCUGGCCUACCUUCUGUGAGUCAACAGACUGCAAUGCCACCUGUACAAUCUCUUCAUCGUUCUUCAGGACUUUUUCCAAGUGUUCCUGCAAGACCUCCCCAAAUCAGUGCCAUUACCCCUUCUACUGGUGGUGUUCGAGUUAGUGGAGAGAAACGUGCGCCAGCCCCACAUCUUCAACCUUUCAGACCACCUGGUUGCACGUCUGCCGCUGCUAGUAGCUCGUGCAUUCCCGGCAAUAUUCCCAAUCAACAGGUGCCAAUCAACUUGCCUGCAAGAUCUGUGUCACUUCCCCCUGUUCCAAAUCAACAACCACUGCCAUUGCCUUCACAAUUCUUGCUGCAACAAAACCCCUCACCCCCAACCCAACCAACAGCUGCACUGCAACCGAGCAGGAUCAGUCAAGCUGUUUCUAGUAGUAGGCCUUCUCAACCUGAAAGUGGAGUGCAGCCAGGUUGUUAUAACCCCAGUCAAUCUGCGGUGGAGUUGCUCAUGGAUAUUGAUAAUCAAGCUGGUGGCCACCUGCCUACUAUAUUGCAGCACUUAGCUGGCUCUGGUUUAAAUACGAGCAUGCUAGAUCCAUCAGUCACCAGAGCACCGGGUAAUGUGGACCGUAGCCUAAAACUUCCAGCUGUAGCUUCUGAUGUUGUUUGCUUGUCUGAUGAUGAAGACUGACCAAUGUAAAACGCAUGUAUUGUUGCCCACUGGCAAAUGCACAUCUUUUGCCAAGUAACCUGUCUAGUGUGUUUUCAGUGGGACGUUUGAUCAUGUCCCUCUAUAAAAUGGAAUGGAAGUUGGGGUACAUGUUCAGCUGACAGCUUUCCAUAAGAGCUCUCACUAAUCCUGUUAGUUUACAAAUGACAGUUGCAUAUGACUUGUUAACAGCUAAUAAACGAUUUGCCAACAGUAUGUUUUGAGAUCUAAAGGCAUGCGAAGGAAGCUUAUUCGUUAAUUCAGUCAUUUGGGAUGGAGCAACUCUAUAUUUUAAGGUCCCUGUAUAUAUUCCUCUGUUGUUUAAAUGGGUAGCGUUCAGUCCACCUUAAGAUUGACUUUUUCCAUGUAUCCUGAGGUAUACAUAUGUGUAGACGGAGUACAUUUUUUUUC